AUGGCCGAGGCGAAUCCGUACGAGGAGCAGCGCCGGAGGCAGGUGGAGGAGAACAAGAGCAAGCUGGAGGAGCUGCGGCUGCACCGCCUCUCUGCGGCCGUACGCGUGGCCGCCGUCAAGCCCAUGCCGAAAGUGACGAUUAAGCCGAGGAAUCAUCGCCCGCCGCCGGACGAGAUCCGGCGGUCUGCCCGCAUCGCUCGCCUCGACAAGCAGCCGUAUUUCCGCAUCACAAAGGCACAUCGUGAUAAAAAGGCCGAAUUGCCUCGUCCGGUGUACGCGACCAACGAGGAGAGAGCCUACGCCAUCGCCAAGGCUGAAGAGCUCAAGGACCAGCUGGACUCCCACUACCCUGCCUUUCUCAGACCCUUGAGCCUGUAUUAUGCCGCAGGAAGCUGGCUGUCCAUACCGCUGCAGUUCAGCAAGAGGUAUCUCCCGCGGUGCGACGAGAUGAUCUUACUGGUGGACGAGGAAGGUGCCGAGUUUCAGGUGCUUUACCGUGCGCACAGUAGUGCUCUCUCCGCCGCUGGUUGGAAACCAUUCGCCAGCGCUCACAAGCUGGCUGAUGGUGACUGCUUGCUGUUCCAGCAGGUUGAGAGGAUAAAGUUCAAGGUCUACAUAAUUAGAGCAAGUUCUUACCACGAAACGGACCACUGA